AUGCUUUGUCUUUCAUUUAUAAUUUCUCUGCUCAUGAUUCCCGGCAUUUGCAGCCAGAAAUGGGAUGUUCAGUACUCAAAAAUGGCAAUAUGUGCUUUAAAGGGUUCAACAAUACAAUUAACAGGCAGAUAUAAACACCCAGAGGGUCUCACUGUGACAGAGAUAUUUUGGAUUGUAAACCCAAAAAGAGGGGAAGUCAUCAAUCUGCUAAAUCAUCCAGAUUACACAGGCAGAGUUGAGUACUUUCAUAAAGACAACAUUUUUUUUCUCAAGCUCAGUAAUGUAAGACAUGAAGAUGAAGGACAGUACUGCAUCAGAAUUGAGACAAAUGAUGAAAAACAGCAAUAUCUGGGUUAUCCUGGGACUGAGCUCACAGUGACAGAUCUCAGAGUGGAGACUCCUGAAGAGGUUGUUGAAGGAGAUUCUCCAGUCUUAACUUGUAAAAGCUCCUGCAAUCUCGGCAGCACAAACUUCAGCUGGUAUAGAAACGGCGAGUCUUUCCCAGAAUCGGAGCGUCAGAAUCAGCUGAUUCUGAAGUCGGUCAGCAGAGGAGAUGCUGGAAGCUACAGCUGUGCAGUGAGAGAUCCCAAACAUCUGCCGUCUCCUGCUCUCACGCUCAACAUCAGAUAUCCUCCAAAGAGCGUCUCAGUGUCCGUGAGUGGAUCUGCUGUAAUAGUGUCUGGAGAUUCAGUGACUCUGAGCUGCAGCAGCGACUCAAACCCUCCUGCUGUGGACUUCAGGUGGUUUAAAGACAAUCAAAGCUCAGCUGUUGGAUCUGGACAGAGUUUCAGUAUCUCCAGCUUUAACUCCAGUCACAGUGGACGAUAUUACUGUGAGGCUGAGAAUAAAUAUGGCUCUCAGAGAUCAGAGUCUGUUUCAGUCAUUGUUAAAGAAAGCAGCUCAUCAUGGAUCUCGAUCACAGCAGGAAUCGCUGCAUCUGCUUUUGUGUUCGUUUUUAUUGUCAUCAUAAGGAAGCGAGUGACUCAGUCAGACGAGCAAAACCACAGAGGAUCACAACAACAACACUGUGCGGUGGAGUCUCCCGAAGACCCCUACAUGGCCCUUGACCCCAAUUCCAGAUGCUCUGAGUACGACACACUGAAUAAUUUGAAGAGAUCCAGUGAAAACACAGACGACCGUGAAGAUGAUGGUUGCACAUAUUAUAAUAUUGAUCAAUGAUUUAUUCAAUUUAAAUUAUUUGUUAUGAUUUACUUUCCCUAAAAGAUUUCCUUGAUGCUGUUUUAACAAGUCUUUUUUUUUUUUAAAAAGUAGGGUAUCUUUAAUUUCCUGUUCAGUAGCCUAAGGUAAACCAAAGGCAGAAUAGAGUGGAGGAACUAUCAAUUUGUAUGCAAAAACCCGGAAGCUAGUUAGCAUUUUAGCAGUUCCGGUUCCCUCAUCCCAAAGUCAAUGGGUUUUUAAAUGGCAUUUCAGUUAAAUCUCUUAAAUAAGGUCUGUGGCUAACACAAACUCAAGAUACUUUCACAUUUAAUUCUACAACAUAAAACACAUCAGUUACAUCACACUCUUGAUGUUUUUAAUCGGUUACGCUUCUUUAAAAGACGGUUGCUAUCAAGUUGCCACUGAGUGGUAUGGUACGGUACGGUUUGGUACGCUUUUAUGGCCGUUUCCACUGUUAAAAGUCAUACCGAACCGUACCGUACCACUUUUUCGGCACCCUUUCGAAAGGGUACCAAACACGAGAAAGGGUACCAAAAGGCGGAGCCACAUGCGCAGCUGAACGCUAUUGGUUUACAGAGAUACGUCAUUCGCUUACGCAACAAGCCAGAAUGAAAACAAAAAAAACGCCAUGUUUGAAAUGCACACACAGCCGAGAGAUUACAGCGGAAUUAUAAAUACAUAUAAUAACGAGCCAUGGUCGAUCUGGGCUCAAACAAACCUUGUCGUCGUCUGGAUAAACAGCCACAAAGCCAAGAAGAAGAGCAGAUUUACCCUGUGCCCCGUAGUUUUUUACGAGCCAGUCUGAGGAGCGAUCCGUUUCGCUUUCUUGCUAGCGCUCGCGCGCGUCUAACAUUAUAUCAGAAAUAACAAACUUCUUGAGCUGAUGAUAAUAACCUGCGCUUGAUUAUUGACGUGCUUUUGAAACCCGAUCCUGUCAGACACUGACAAACGCGAGAGUGAAGCGUGAAGAAACAAAGGAGAAGCCGGAAAAAAAGGAGCACAUCAUUUAUCAGCAAACAUGAACAAAAUGCCAUGUUUAACUAAUUUAUUAUCUUCACAUUUUGGACUAUUAUGAACCGGGAAUGAUGGAAUUACUGUCUAACAGAGGCUACAUGUGCUGCUGAAGAUUACAGACACAGAUGAGAGGUUUUCACUGACUGUAGGCUAUAUUUUGUGUUGUUUUGAACCUAAAUACAGAUGAAAUGUCUGCUAUAUGUAGUUCUUCUGUAGUUGGUAACAUAUCGGAGACUGUACGGGGCUGUAUGCGUUUAUAUAUGUUCAUUUAUUUAGUUAUUUAAUAUAAUUACAAA